GGGCAGGAACCGAACGCGGCUCUCGGCCGGGAACCGAAGCUCGGGGCCAAAGGCCCGGCCUCGGGGGCCGAGCGGCGGGGGCGGAGGGCGAGGGUCGCUCCCUGAGGGAGCAGUAUCACCUUGGAGGAAUACAACCUUGCUGCCCCACUGACUGGCUGGGAAUACUGCCUCAUCUACACUUCUGCCUACAGUGCCUACACUAUCUCAGUGUAGCCUGGUGGGGGAAGAAAACCAGUAGACGGGCUACAGAGAUUUUUUUUUUUUUUGCAUUUCACUGAACUUAUUGUUGCUUGUCUAAGAAACCAGAAUGGAUGGAAAGAAGUGGUACCAACUUACAGACAGGGCAGUUCCAGCAGGGUCCAAGUCUCUUCUUUAAAGAGAAGUUCCAGCAUCAAAGCAGCUCAAAAGCAAACGUUCCAAUCAAUCAAAAUGGAAGGAGGCAACAGUCCAAAUCUGCAACUUCAGCAACUCCCCUUGGCCACAGCAGAGGUUUCUGUGCAGCCACACACUGACUCCUUUUCUUACAAGGAGAACUUGAUUGGUGCAUUAUUAGCUAUUUUUGGUCAUCUUGUUAUCAGUAUUGCUCUCAACCUCCAGAAAUACAGCCACAUCCGUCUGGCAGGUUCCAAAGACCCCCGAGCCUACUUCAAAACCAAGACAUGGUGGUGUGGACUGUUUCUGCUGGUGCUGGGCGAACUGGGAGUGUUUUCCUCUUACGCCUUUGCUCCUCUUUCACUGAUUGUGCCACUCAGUGCCGUGUCUGUUAUAGCUAGUGCAAUCAUAGGAAUUAUAUUUAUUAAAGAAAAAUGGAAGCCCAAGGAUUUUUUGAGGCGCUAUGUUUUGUCCUUUGUAGGCUGUGGUUUGGCAAUUGUUGGAACUUAUCUGCUGAUAACAUUUGGACCUAAUAGUCAUGAGAAGAUGACAGGAGAAAAUAUCACUAGGCACUUAGUGAGCUGGCCAUUUCUGUUGUAUAUGCUUGUGGAGAUCAUCAUAUUCUGCCUACUACUAUAUUUUUACAAGGAGAAAAAUGCAAACUACAUUGUAGUUAUUCUUCUGCUGGUAGCUUUGCUGGGUUCCAUGACUGUUGUGACCGUGAAGGCUGUGGCAGGCAUGAUUGUUGUCUCCAUACAAGGAAACUUGCAACUCGACUACCCUAUAUUUUAUAUCAUGUUGGUGUGCAUGAUUGCUACAGCGAUCUUUCAAGCAACAUUUUUAGCUCAAGCCUCACAGCUGUAUGACUCAUCUCAGAUUGCCAGCAUCGGCUAUAUCUUGUCCACAACAGUAGCAAUCACAGCAGGAGCAACGUUUUACUUGGACUUCACCGGUGAAGAUGUUCUCCAUAUAUGUAUGUUUGCACUUGGGUGCCUCAUAGCAUUUCUAGGUGUCUUCCUGAUCACAAGAAAUAGGAAGAAAUCUGUACCAUUUGAACCUUACAUAUCAAUGGAUGCUAUGCCAGGCAUGCAGAACAUGCACGAUAAAGGGAUUGCAGUUCAGCCUGACCUCAAAGCUUCUUUUUCCUAUGGUGCCCUAGAGAACAAUGACAACAUGCCGGAAAUUUAUACUCCAGCUACAUUGCCGAUUGUGCAGGAGCAACAUGGUUCCAAAGGAGUUUCUGCCCCACCCUACCGGGUGCUGGAGCACAGCAAAAAGGAUAAGCUGCCUGGAUUCUCUACAGCCUGAGCACUGACUGACUCCUGGCCUGACCUUCCUCUCUGCCAGAGAGCCCUCAGUUGUCAGCGCGUGGCUGUCUUCUGCUCUGAGUGAAAUUUCCUCCAGUCAUAACCUGAGCCUUUGUAUUAUUGUGCUGGUUUGGCCCUUUUCUUUCAAAGACUAUAAAGGCAAGAGUCUUGUUCCAAAGCUUUAUAUAACCAUGUUUUCUUUACACAGUCUGUGUGUGUUUAAAUAAUUCUACUUAAUGAUAGUUCCCUUUACCUGCAGUGAGACUUGCUUUUGGAAACUUCCUGACAACGGACUCCAAGGGAGGUGAUGGCUGUUUCUACUGCACGUAAAUCACAAUAUUUUUGAUUACUCAGUUGUGACACACCAGUAGAGCCUGAGGUGUUCCUUGGGCUGUAGUCCUCAACUCCAUGCACUGAUGUUGUAAGGGUUUUGUUUUUGCCAGGCUGGGUUAGCCACUGUAAGCAAGGUUGUAGGACCACUAGACUGCACCUCGCUCCUUCUUGCUGCCUGUGUUCAAUACUUGAAUUUUAAAAUGUGGGGCGUUUUUUGUAUUUUAUGCACUUCCCCCUUUCUUUCUCUUUCUCCCAAGCUUCCAAAAGAUUUUAUUUUCUGCUCUUUAGCAGUCUUACAGCUGCCAUCUCUGUUGCUGAGAAGGCAUGAAUAGGGCCCCUAGAAGCCAAACAUCUGUUUAAACUUGACUUUGGGACUUCUGUGCUCAUUCUAACAGUGGGAGGGUAUAGCUCAGGAUUAAAAUAAACUCCUUACCCCCCUUCUAGUUCACAGCUUACAAGAUGAAAACAGGAAGCUAUUUGUACCCUCAAGUCUACACUUUUUACAGAGUAUUUGUUAGUCUGAGGUGACGAUGGCCAUGCCAGGGAUUGCAGUGAACAUUUACAGCUAAACAGCACAUGAAGGUUUAAAGGAGAAGAGCCCCAUGCCACAUUCUGGUCCCUUUUGUAGCGUGAAAAAUAAUCUGUUGGUGUACAGCACACUUUAAUGUGUGUAUGUCAAAACUUCGGUUUAUCCAGGGCUGAUCUGGAGAGAGGCAGGGCACUGUGAACAGCAGAGUGUGCUUACCUUUCCAAAUGUGCAGCAUUUUUUAGAAUCAAGAGCUGAAAAAGUAUGCACAAAAAUCAACUGACUACUGUCGCAUUUACUAAACUGGUAGAAUAGCUCCUUGACUCUGUCUUCUAGCUUCUUUAUCAAAUGUGAACUGACAUCUAUUGCUUCCAUGCUGUGUGGCUUUUCAAUGCACCAGAGCACUUAAUACAUUCUCAGUGUAUAUCUUACAUGUAACUUAAUGCUGUGGAAUACAGCUUCUAUGUUGGCUGAAUGUACAAAAUGAUCUGCCUACAACGUUCCCUUGUUCACAUUAAAAUGUGUAAAUAAAUCAAGCUUUACAGUAUUGGACUAUGAAGAUAACUGCUUAAUUUUUCAUAAGCAAUGCUGCAUGUCUAUUUAAUUUUACUUGUCCUUUAGGUGAGACCUUUGGAAAUUAACUUAAUAAAAGAUUGUGGAAAAACCUGUAGAA